AUGGCAUUUACACGCUGGUCUGGCUGGCUUGCACGACCGUCGCCAUUUGCUACUCCCCGGCUGCCCCUGCUGAGCUCGAGCAAGACCGGACGGAUGGUGACAUACGAUAUUACUUCCGAGAUGCAAUGCCCUUUGUUUGACCGGUUGCGGUGGUGUUUCGAGUUGGACUUUAUGUGCGGAUACCAAUCUACAUGGGCCCUUCGCGAUCAGCGCUGGACCGACGAUGGAGAACAGUACUCUCGAGAGGACGAGGCCGCACGUUAG